AUGGCUUCUUCGUACUCCAAAAGGAGGAGCAGACUCCGAAUUUAUUUCACCACAGUAAAAAAAAAAAAUCAUGCUCUUCACUGUCAUUAUAAGAUUAAUUUCUUACGUUUCCGCUUGUGA